GAUCAUUGGAUCUGCUCGUGGGACAGAGAGAUUGUAUACAGGAAAAAAGUAAGAUAAUUACAUUUAUAUAGGUAUAUGCGAUUGGGAAAAAUGAAAAGAACAAAAUAUGAAUUGUUUUGAUUAGUGCGCGUAAGUUUUGCUUAGUAUCGAUAUAUGUAUUUACACUAAAUACUUACUUUAUUUAACGAACUGUGUUCUUAAUAGGGAUGUGUCGAAUUGCUAUAUUGCAGUGACGUAUCUAAAGCCAAAGCUCACAAAAUAACAGUCGAGGAUCAAACGGCUACAUUAAUCAUCAAGACAACAGAAUGGUUUUCGGUUGAAAAGACCAAAGGGGAGACAUCUCUGACUUGAGAAGCCUUAAAUUUUUUUCCGCCUUUCCACACGGACUGAUGUAAUGGGAAAUGCCAAUUCAAGUCUGAAGGAAUAAAACACAAGUGCUCUUCUUAUUUGGAGAUGAUUGUGCUAUUUGUUCUGCUCUGUUUCGUGGAUGGGGUGGUUUCCCAGAUACGCUACUCUGUUCCGGAGGAACAGGACCACGGCACCUUUGUGGGGAAUAUCGCUGAGGAUUUGGGCUUGGACAUAACAAAACUUUCGUCUCGUAGAUUUCAGACCGUGCCCAGUGCUAGGACUCCAUAUUUGGAAGUGAAUUUGGAGAACGGGGUGCUUUUUGUGAAUGAAAAAAUCGACAGGGAGCAGAUCUGUAAACAGAGUGCCACCUGCCUUCUGCACUUGGAGGUGUUCUUGGAGAACCCGCUGGAGCUUUUCCGCGUGGAAAUCGAAAUAGUGGAUAUCAACGACAAUCCACCCAGCUUCCCCGAGACUGACAUUACCGUUGAAAUUUCGGAAAGUGCCACUCCUGGGACCCGUUUUCCACUGGAGAGCGCAUUCGACCCCGACGUUGGCACCAAUGCGCUGCGCACCUACGAAAUCACCACGAACAACUAUUUUUACCUCGACGUGCAACAGCAGGGCGAUGGAAACAAGUUCGCCGAACUGGUGCUCGAAAAGCCCCUGGAUAGGGAGCAGCAAGCAGUGCACAGGUACGUACUAACAGCGGUAGAUGGUGGGUUGCCACAGAGGACUGGCACGGCGCUGCUAGUAGUUAAGGUGCUAGAUUCCAACGAUAACGUCCCGGUCUUUGAUCAGUCGGUGUAUACCGUGAGCCUGCCUGAAAAUUCUCCUGUAGGCACGCUGGUCAUUCAGUUGAACGCAACGGAUAUGGACGAGGGUCAGAAUGGCGAAGUCGUCUAUGCCUUCAGCAAUCACAUCGCUCCCAGAGUGAAGGAGCUGUUUAACAUUGACGCACGGACCGGCAGGCUUGAGGUGAGCGGGGAGGUCGACUUCGAGGAGAGUAGCAUGUAUCAGAUCUACGUGCAGGCGAAAGAUCUCGGACCCAACGCUGUCCCAGCUCACUGUAAAGUUCUGGUCAAAGUGAUUGACGUGAACGACAAUGCUCCCGAGAUCAGUUUCAGUACCGUGACUGAGUCGGUGAGCGAAAAGUCAGCUCCUGGCACCGUGAUCGCGUUGCUCAGUGUAACUGACAAAGACUCUGGGGAAAAUGGACAAAUUCACUGCGAAAUUCUCGGAGAUGUCCCUUUCAAACUCAAAUCGUCGUUCAGGAAUUACUACACAAUCGUGACAGACGGACCUUUGGACAGGGAAAACGCCGACUCGUACACAGUCACCGUGGUGGCGAGAGAUAAAGGCACCCCAUCCCUUGCCACCAGCAAGUCUAUUAAAGUGCAAGUAUCGGAUGAAAAUGACAACGCUCCGACGUUUACACAACCAGUGUAUGAUGUGUACGUGACUGAAAACAAUGUACCGGGCGCUUAUAUUUACGCAGUGAGCGCCUUAGAUCCUGACAUCGGACAAAACGCUUAUAUUUCUUACUCCAUAAUGGAGUGCGACAUUCAGGGUAUGUCUGUGUUUACCUAUGCGUCAAUCAACUCCGAAAACGGUUAUCUUUAUGCCUUGAGGUCGUUUGAUUAUGAACAAUUAAAGGACUUUAGCUUUAUGGUUCAAGCAAAGGAUUCUGGUAGCCCCGAAUUGACGUCCAACGCCACGGUCAACGUUAUCAUAGUGGAUCAAAACGACAACGCUCCUUCUGUCAUUGCCCCGCUUGGCAAAAACGGCACGGCGAAGGAACCUCUGCCCAGAUCCGCAGAACCUGGAUACUUAGUGACCCGCAUUGUUGCCAUGGAUGCGGACGACGGCGAGAACGCCCGUCUGUCAUACAGCAUUCAAAAGGGAAACGAAAACGGAAUGUUUCGCAUGGACUGGAGAACUGGCGAAUUAAGGACCGCGAGAAGGGUGUCGACCAAAAGGGACCCCCACCAACUUUAUGACUUGUUGAUUGAGGUGAGGGAUCACGGGCAGCCACCUCUCUCGUCCACGGCCAGCGUUAUCGUGAUGCUGGUUGACAGUGUUGUCGAGGGCCACAGUGGGGACCGCGGCUCCUCUAAAGCAAAAGAAAACUCGCUCGAUUUGACUCUCAUCCUCAUCAUCGCCCUGGGCUCGGUGUCCUUCAUCUUUCUGCUGGCGAUGAUCGUCCUGGCCAUUAGGUGUCAAAAGGACAAAAAGCUGAACAUUUACACAUGCCUGGCCAGCGACUGCUGCCUGUGCUGCAGCUCGUGCUGUAGCAGGCAGGCGCGAGCCCGAAAGAAAAAGCUUAGCAAGUCAGAUAUAAUGCUGGUGCAGAGCGCUAAUGUCACGAGCACCGCACAAGUCCCGGUUGAGGAAUCCGGGAGCUUCGGUUCCCACCAUCAAAACCAGAACUAUUGCUACCAGGUAUGUCUCACCCCGGAAUCGGCCAAAACCGAUCUCAUGUUCCUAAAGCCGUGUAGUCCCGCUAGGAGCACAGACACUGACCACAAUCCCUGUGGCGCCAUAGUGACAGGUUAUACAGACCAGCAACCUGACAUCAUAUCUAACGGCAGCAUUUUAUCAAACGAGACAAAACACCAGCGAGCGGAACUCAGUUACCUCGUUGAUAGACCUCGGCGUGUUAACAGUUCUGCUUUCCAGGAAGCUGAUAUUGUGAGUUCCAAAGACAGUGGACACGGUGACAGUGAACAGGGAGACAGCGACCACGACGCCACCAAUCGAGGUCACUCGUCUGGUGCUGAUCUCUUUUCAAAUUGCACGGAAGAGUGCAAAGCCCUAGGGCACUCCGAUCGAUGUUGGAUGCCCUCCUUUGUGCCAUCCGACGGUCGACAGGCUGCAGAUUACCGUAGCAAUCUGCAUGUCCCCGGAAUGGACUCUGUGCCCGACACUGAGGUAUUUGAAUCUCAAGAGCAAACUGGGGAGAGAGCAUUCUCCACCUUUGGCAAAGAGAAGUCACAUCACGGCACCCUAGAGAGGAAAGAGUUUGAUGCACUUCUGUCUAGCACACGUGCGCCUUACAAACCGCCCUAUUUGUCACGGAAAAGGAUUUGCUAGUCCUUUUCGUGUGGACAUACCCGAGACAGCAUGAAUUUGCACAAUAGUCGGCCAACAAAAAAAAAGCAUCGGUUUCAGCAUCAUUACCUUAGCCACCCGCUCUUAUCUUACCUUUGGAUGUUUUCUGCCUUGGGGGACAGAAAAGAAAAACAAAAAAAGAGUGACGGCUAACGGCUAACGGAAGGACCUUUAACACUCUCAGCAGGCCUGAGAAAUGAGUUGAAAUGGAACUGCAACGGGAGAAAAUAAAGACAAAAACGAAACUUGAGGUGGUGCCCACCUCUCCGAUCUGUGUGUGCCUGUUUACAGCACUAAGUAUAUCUUCUAAAUGUCACCGAGCCUGAGCCCUUUAGAUGUUUAUAUUCACACCAAGAAGCCAAUUGUACAGGAAGUAUUUGUGCAUUAUAAAUGCAAUAUCACUGUUUUAGACUUGACUGUUUUAUAUUAUGUUUGUGUGGUCAAGUGUUCCCAAAAUCUAUUACAACUUUACAAGGAAGAUUGUGGUCAUGUUUUAUUUUAAUUUAAUUUUUCUUUUUUUUCUCCACAAAGUGGGUCAGGGCAGCGUUGGCCCACAGAAGUAAUUAGAGACUAUUCUAAUUCUGUAGUUUCUAUCAUGUGUGCAAAGUGUUUACUGUACUAUGUUAAAGCUUCUUAAUAAAUAUAAAUCUAUCUAUAUAAAUCUAUCUAUAUAUACAUAUACUUUUUCUGAAAGUGUGGUAUCCAUUGGUCAGUUUCUUAUCCACCAAUAGAAUUUCAUAAACUGACACUGCAGAAGGCUUGUGACAUUACAGUGAGUUUUAAAUGGAAGGCCUUAUUUCACUCCCACCAACUUUUAUUUUCAAUUGUUUUUAUUCUUUUUUUUCACUUUUGGAUAUUGAAA